GUUCAAACGAAUCUCCUUUUAGUUUCCUCGACGCUUUCCCUCAUCGUCGAGCUCCAUUGCAUCAGAUUUCAAGCAUCGAAGAAACAUUGCAGGGGUUUCCUAAAAUUGUAAUCGACACGCAUUUUCGACAUCAUGUUCGGUGGAUUUGGCAGCAACAAUCAAAGCUCCGGCUUUGGGGGCUUUGGCUCCGGUAAUACUGGUACUGGUACUGGCUUUGGUUCCUCAACCAACACCGGUUUCGGAUCUUCCAAUACUGGUAACACUGGUAACACUGGAGGUGGUGGCCUCUUUGGCAACACUUCUAGCGGCUUCGGCUCCGGCGGAGGUUUCGGAAGUAAUACUCAACAAUCAUCUCCCUUCGGCGCUAAACCAGCGUUUGGAUCUCCUGCUAGUACUGGUGGAGGUCUCUUUGGCGGCAACACAGCCACCUCGGGCGCCUCCCCUGGUUUUGGUGGCGGCGGCGGCGGCGGUGGUGGUACUGGCUUUGGCAGCACCAAUACUGCGACUUCAUCUCCAUUUGGAGGCGGUAGUACAAGCGGGGGUCUCUUUGGCGGUGCCAACAAGCCUGCCUUUGGAUCUGGCACCUCGUCAGGCGGUCUCUUUGGAGGCGGCGCGACCUCAAGUCCCUUUGGUGCCUCAAGUGCACCAGCUACAAGUGCAUUUGGUGCCCCCGCCAGCACCGCACUUGGCGGAGCUACUCCGCAGUGUGAAGGAACUGGUGGCACUCCCUUCGCGGCCUAUACAGAAAAGGAAGGUGCCAGCAAUACCACCAACCAUUUUCAGAGCAUCACCUUUAUGCAACCCUAUCAGAAGUUCUCAUUUGAGGAACUAAGGAUGGCUGAUUACGCCCAAGGGCGUAGAUACGGCAACGCAAGCGGCCAGGCCGGCGCAUUCGGCACCAGCACAGGAUUUGGCGGAUUUGGCACCUCGACUGGCAAUACUGGAGGUUUCGGUGCGUCUGGCGGUGGUGGCGGUGGUGGCGGUGGCCUUUUUGGCAACACAAAUACGUCGUCCUCACCGUUUGGCGGCGGCACACAGUCCAAUACUGGCUUUGGCAGCACUGCUAAUACUGGCGGCGGAAUGUUUGGUAACAAACCUGCUGGAUCCGGUGGUCUUUUCGGGAGCGGAAAUACCGGCGGUACCGGCGGUACUGGUGGUACUGGCGGUACCUCUGGUGGUUUAUUUGGCGCUGGAAACACCGGCGGCGGCUUCGGCUCUUCUACUGGUACCGGGUUUGGCUCGGGCAACACUGGUGGCGGUGGCUUGUUUGGUAACAACACCAACACUGGUACGAGCAACCCUGGAGGUACUGGCUUUGCCUUUGGAGGCGGUUCUAACACCAAUACUGGCGGUUUUGGAGCCACUGGCAGUGGAUUUGGUUCCGGCAAUACGACGACGACAGGCGGUGCUGGUACUGGUGCUGGUACUGGUGGUGGCCUGUUCGGCAGUGGAAACACCAAUACCGGCUUUGGAAGCAACUCUCAAAACACCAGCAGCAGCAGCCCCUUUGGUGGCUUUGGUCAAAACCAACAAAAUCAGACCCAGGGCCAGGGCACCACAGGCUCGUCCCUUUUCGGCGGUGGAGGUUUCGGCGCCAAUGCCAACCAGCAGCAAAAGCCCGCUGGUGGUCUCUUUGGAAACACUGGAGCUACCAACACGGGAGGUGGCCUAUUCGGAAACACUGCUAAUCAACAAAGCUCCACUGGUACUGGCGGUGGUCUCUUCGGAAAUACGGCCAACAACCAGCAAUCUGGUGGCGGCUUGUUUGGUGCGAACAAGCCCGCGACCGGAGGCACUGGCACUGGCCUCUUUGGAGGUUCAACCAAUACACCUGGUAAUACUGGUGGAGGUGGACUGUUCGGCGGUGGCGGAUUUGGUAACAACCAGAACCAGCAGAAUCAAAGCGCCGGAGGUCUCUUUGGAAAUACUCAGUCCCAGCAGAAGCCGGGAGGCCUCUUUGGCGGAGGCACUCCCUCAAACACUGGCGCUGGUGGUGGGCUUUUCGGAAAUGUGGGGAGCAACACGGCCAAUACCCAGCAAUCCACGGGAACCUCUCUCUUUGGGAAUGCAGGCGCCAACACCCAGCCGCAGCAAUCUUCAGGUACCGGUCUCUUCGGGGGAGGAAGCACCAGCCUCUUUGGUGGCUCUCAGCAGCAACAGCAGCAGUCGCAACAACAGCAGGCCCCGUCCUUCUCCACUUCUAUUAAUGCGUCGAACCCGUAUGGUAACGAGAGCUUGUUCCAGAGUCUUGGCUCGCCUGGAAACCAGAGUGUUGGACCAAUUGCCACUCCCCUUUCAAGCAGUCAGAAACUCAAGAAGAGUGCCAUCUUGCCUCAGUAUAAGAUCAACCCCAAUGCUUCAUCUCGGCUUGUGACGCCGCAGAAGCGAGGAUAUGGUUUCUCUUAUUCUACUCUUGGCAGCCCAAACAGCACUCCUGGCUCGCCAAGUGCCCUAGGCGGCAGCCUCCUUGGCGGAAGCCGAAGCUUCGGAAGCGCUCUUGGCCGUGGCCUCAGCAAGAGCAUGUCUGCCAGCUCUCUGCGUCACUCGUUUGACAGUGACGAUAGUGUUCUGGCGCCAGGCGCCUUCUCGGCCAAUAGCGGACGCUAUGCAAGCAAUAGCAGUAUUAAACGGCUGACUAUUGACCGCAGCAUCCGUACUGACCUUUUUGGCAGUAGCGACGGCUCUGCUCUCGCUCCACUCAAUCGCACAGACUCCUCGAAGCAGUCUGGUAUAUUGAAGAAGAAGGUUAGCUUCGAUACUGCAGCCAAGCCUCGUGGUGACAACCUCUUCGGCCUAGCCAACGGCGAACCAUCCAGCGCCCUUGUGAGCGCAGAGCCGAAUGGCACCAGCCCCACUGCCGAGGAGCAAGGCUUUUUGAGAUCAUCUACGCGCUCCAACCCCGAUGCUUCCCCCAGCAGCACCAAUGGCGUCAACGGCACCUUGACCAAUGGCAUCAACGGUUCGCCCGAGAUGGUGCAGGUGCGUGGCAACGAACUUGCUGUUGUUCCAGAGCAUGAAACGUCUCCAUCAGCUGCAUCGCCUUCCUCUCCAAAGGACGUCAGCGACAAGGCUCCUGGCUCCUAUUACAUGAAGCCCUCUUUGGAAGAGCUGCAGAAGAUGUCACGAGAGCAGCUUAAAUCUGUUGAAAAUUUCGAGGUCGGACGGGAGAACGUUGGCAAGGUCAACUUCAAUGCACCUGUCGAUCUCUCAAGUAUCAACCUGGACGAAAUCUUCGGAAAGAUGAUCGUUGUUGGUACCCGGAUGGUGACCGUUUAUCCGGAUGGGUACAGCACGCCUCCAAUGGGUAAAGGACUUAAUGUCCCCUCGACUAUUACUCUGGAGAAUUCUUGGCCUCGCUCUAAGGACAAGCGUUACGACACGAGCGGCAAUGCCGUUUCAAAGCACGUGCGUCGAUUGAUGACUGUUCCAGAUACAAAGUUUGUUAGCUAUGAUAAGGAAAAUGGCAUCUGGGCAUUUAGCGUCGAGCAUUUUACUACAUACGGUCUUGAUUAUGAGGACGAAGAAACUGGCACAGAGGAUAUCACGCAGAGCUCAUUGAGCGCUCCCCAAGAUAGCCCAACGCCCGGUCAGAAUGCAACAUUGCGCGGCGCCGCAAGUGUUCAAGAGUCAUCUAUGCUUGAUGAGUAUACGAGUGAAAGCUCUGGGCCCGAUGACACGUUUGAGUUUCGAAAGAAGAAAGUGCUUCCGGGUGCAUUUAAUGGGGAGGCUUCAAUUGCGGAAGAGGAAGAGAUGGAUGAUGAAGUUGGAUCCUUUGGCAGCCAGUCUUUUUUAGAUGACGGCUCCGUGGCAACACAGUCCGAAAGCGACGUCGACGUUGAUGAAGAUGAUGUAAUUGAUGAGGAGAAUACCUCUAUUUUUGUCGACGGGCCGGAGAUGGUUGGGUCUUUCCCGGGACUCGGCCUUACCACGGAGCUCACGGGACAUCCAGCACUGAAGCCGAAGUCGAUUUUGAAGUCUACCUCUCAGUUUGACACAAAUGGUACCGGUAUGGGAACUCCUGGCAAGGCGCGACUUUUGGUUGAAAGCGACUGGGCCGACCAGCUUCAACGCACAAUUAGUCCGAAAAAGCAAGAUCGGCAGGCCCUUCGGGCUAGCCAAGCAGCCUUUGCUUACGGCGGCCAUGAAGAGCAAAAUCCAACGCCAAAAGCCAGUAAUCAAGCGGAGAAAAAAGGGUUUGCUACGAGCAUCGAUUUGAUGAAUUCACUCUUUGGACAACCUCCGCUUCGAAAGAAUGGAGCGCGUGUACAGGCUCCGAGAAAAGGAUUUGAGUGGCCAUAUCCGAAAAAGUCCAAAGUGUCCGACUUCAACGAGUCAACAAUGGACGAGAAUGACAAAGAAUUUCACUCAGCUCUGAAACCAAACUGGGGCCCGGGCAGCACUUUAGUAUAUGCUCUGCCCGGCGGCAUUAGUUCAACCAAUGAUCCUGACAAUUCCCUUCUCCGAAAGAUUGGGCGGCCGUUUGUCUUCGAAGGCAAAGACGUGCAGCUUGCAAAGUUGGCCAGUGAUUCUGAUUUGCCCAUUGAAACCUUGAAGAUCCAACGUGACUUUACCACGGUAGAUGUAUUUGAAGACAUUCCUUUUGCAACUCUGGAUUCGAGAUUUAAUUUCUCGGAUUUCUCUCGUCGUAUCAACGCCAAAGACGAGCAGUCAAAUUACGAGAAGCUUGUCUGGGAACUUGCUCAUGUUUUGUUCGACAAUUUUGACGAAGAUGAAGAGUUGAAAGACCUCCCCGAUGAUGACCCCGUCCUCCAAAGACGCGUGCGUAAAGACAAACUCUCGGACUUUUGGAAAGAGCUUGUCAAGUCCUCGAUGGAGAAGCAGGCUUAUCAAGCCACCACCGCUGAGGAGAAGGCACUUGCUUACCUCUCCGGAAAUGACAUUGAAAAUGCGUGUGCGGCACUUGUCGAUGGAAGAGACUUUCGAUUGGCGACCUUGAUAGCUUUGAUCAAUGACAAUGACGAGAUGCGAUCGGAUAUGAAGGCACAGCUCGAAUAUUGGAAGGAAAAGAAGAUAAUUUGUGAGAUGACUGAGCCAAUCCGAGCACUAUGGGAACUACUUGCCGGUAACACUGGUGUGAGUAAGGGAUUGAAGGACGCCAACCCCGAAGAUCGUGCCAGGGCCUUCUUGAUCAGCGAGCGCUUUGGCCUGGAUUGGAGACAAGCAUUCGGCCUGCGUUUAUGGUAUGGUGUUUCUGACAACGCCCCGCUCGAAGAUGCAGUGACCGCCUAUCAUACGGACCUUGAGGAGGGCAUUGGCGAAAAGAAGCCACUUCCGUGGUUUGCUGUUGAUGGGUUUCGAGUACCAUGGAAAGACGAGAAAUUGGGCGACCGCCAGGACAUUCUUUGGGGUAUCUUGAAGCUUUACGUCGAUCAGCGCACCACUACCGACAAGCAGACGGUCAAAAUCGAGGAUGUCAUCCUCCCACAUGCCUUUUCUGGAAACCCCAUCGAUCUCUGCAUGAGUUUCCAGUUGUAUCACGCACUUGAAGCGCGCCGUGUCGCCUUUUUCGAAGAUUCCCCCGAAUCUUCUCGCGCUAAUAAAGCUGACAACCUUGCAUGGAAUUUUGCCGCCCAGCUCGAAUCCGCAGGUGAAUGGACUUGGGCGGUCUUCAUUCUACUCCACAUUGACGACCAGGAAGCGCGAACGAGGUCAAUUCAAGAUCUCCUCGCCCGCCACGCCGCGGCAAUUGGCACCCCAGAAUCAUCCCCUGAGUUCAAGAUCUUAGUCCAGGACCUACGCAUUCCCGAAGCUUGGAUUUGGGAAGCCAAGGCCCUCUACGCGCGGUCCAUCGAAGCUGACUACAUGGCUGAAGUUGAGUAUCUUCUGCGCGCAAAGAACUGGGAAGAAGCCCACAAGACUAUUUGCCACUCCGUCGCGCCGCAGGCCGUUAUCGAAGAGGAUUAUGACAUGCUGAGCAAACUUCUUCACGGAUUUGGCGAUGACGGCGAAGAGCUCGUCGGAAAUUGGGCACUGGGAGGGCAAGUCUACUUUGAUUUUGUCCGUCUUAUGCAAGCACCCGCCAAGACUAUUGUUGGGGUUCCUGGCCAUCGCCGCCCUACAUCGUCGACUCCAAUGAAGCAGCAGUAUUUACCUCGUGGAAGUGAUAAGGAUGAGAUCAUUUCCCGUCUUGUCGCCAGUUUACCAGCCAUGGCGAAUGACCAGAAGAAUAGCUUUGUUGAGUCAGUGGCUAUUCAGGAAAUGGCCGGGAUAGUGGCGACUGCUGCCAUGGCUGCCAAGAAUAGUAUUGAACGAGCCAAAAUCCUUCAACUCCCACUCACCGAGGACGCUUACUUAAAACACACGACUGCGCUGAGUAUGGAUUACUAUCGGACAGUUAUUGCUACUGCUAGAUAGAUGGCCUUUGGCGUCAAUAUCUGCACGUUUUACGAGUAGCUCUUAGAAAAAGGCUCAAGCUAAAUUUGUUAGCUUUCGAGGGAAAAGUCGCCAAGUUGGCGAAGAGAGAAAAAUAUAGGGCGAUUGUCUCAAGAUUUCUGACGGAACUUGAGGGUACAUUUUCCCUGCACAGUAUUCACUAUCACAAAUUUCUGCCUUUCUCAUAUUCCUGCUUUUAUCAUAACCAAUUCAGUAACGCAUAGUUACAAUCGCCUCUCGAUUUCAACGCUUGCCCCCGUUUAUGGAAGCUUUUCAUUUCGUUCGGCUUGCACUUUGCAUUACUACCUUCUACAAAUUUCUUCUCUGCGCAUUUUUAUUCUGUCCAAAGGACCCCAUGUUACCCUUGCUGUCUUGCGCUCGUAUUUAACCUCCCUUUCCCCCUUACCACCGUUGCUCACUUAAGGAGCUCUUUCCUCCCCCUUAGUUAGCUUUAGUCCACGACUG